CAGCCUGUUGGGUGAAACAAAUUUUGCGUGUUAAUAUCGAAAACCACGGUUUUUUCGGUUCCCGUUUAAAAUAAAGCUUCAAGGUGUCGGUGUCAAGUAGCGUUCUACCAGGAGCGAUCACCAUGAAGAUACUCGCUCCCCGCGAUGGGCCGGACAUCGCACCGAUCGAAUCCGCUGGUGAAUGGCACAGCGCCACAUUCUGGAUCCUGGUGCUGGGUGCCGCAGCAGUCGUCGCUUCCAUUAUCGCCGCUUUCGGGUGUUGGGUGGCUCGCCGCCGCGCCGCACUUGCUCACAAACUUGGAGGGAAGCGAGGUCCGGACAAGGCGUUAGUAUUUCAGCCGCCACGCCGUGCAACCGCUGUAAGGUCCCCUGGUUCAGCCACACAUUAUCUGCGCAAGUCGCCAUCACCAACCGCUACUGCCCCACAACCAGUCGCAUCGCCGCCGCAACCUCAGCCACCAAACAACCCGCCGUCUGGAGCAAACAGUCCGCACACUCCAACUGCUCCGGAGCCAGCCCCACUGAGCAAGGAACUCGCGGAUGCCAAUGCCACUGAGAAACCCAAGCCGAUCGAACCUGAGCCAGCAACCGACGGAAAACUUGGUGACUUGCACUUUAAAUUGCGUUAUGAAAAUGAGAAGAGCGCCCUCGUGGUUUCGGUGGUGUCGUGCCAAGGUCUCCCAGGCCGCGAGCCCACUGGGCCUGACCCCUAUGUCAAGCUGCAACUGCUCCCGGACAAACAACACAAAGUUAAGACCAGGGUGGUGCGCAAGACCCGAUGCCCCGUGUACGAUGAGGACUUUACAUUUUACGGCAUCGCGCCUCACCAGCUCUCCGCUAUCACUCUUCACUUCGUCGUCUUGAGCUUUGAUAGAUACUCUCGUGAUGAGAUAAUCGGUGAAGUGGUUUCUCCGCUGUCGACACUGCAGCUGCACAGUGGUGAGGCCAUGGCUCUCUGCAGGGAGAUACAGCCCAGGAGCCUGAAGAUGCGCAGCGUUGGUCGUGGGGAAGUGCUGGUAUCCCUGUGCUGGCAGCCGGCCGCUGCGCGCCUCACCGUGGUGCUGCUGAAGGCACGUAAUCUACCCAAGAUGGAUGUCACCGGCCUAGCUGACCCAUAUGUGAAGAUGUACCUGCUAUACAACGGACAGCGCAUCGCGAAGAAGAAGACACACGUGAAGAAGCGCACUCUCAACCCGGUGUUCAACGAGUCGUUUGUGUUUGAAGUGCCGGCAGCUCCCAACGUCACGCUCGACCACGUGUCACUCGAGUUACUCGUUUUGGACUGGGACCGCGUAACCAAGAACGAGGUGAUCGGCCGCCUGGAGUUGGGGGCCGAGGGCGCGGGCAGUGCGCGACACCACUGGCGCGAGGUGCAGGCCGCCCCGCGCCGUCAGAUCGCGGACUGGCACAAACUGAAAGAGUGAGCCGAGCUUAUUCCCACUUCGCCCGUACCACCCAUACCCACGCAUCCUCCCCCCGCCCACACAAGGUACCCCCUAGCGCUGCGGCCCUCGAGUCUACCUCUGAUCUUCUCCAAAUAUCUGGGGCCGUCUAAUGUUGUGGUCUAAGUAACUGCCGCAACAGUCUGCAUCAGUUAUUGAAACAUUUCUAUUCGCGUUUUGCAUCUCUAUUUUAUUAGAAUCCGGGUACGCAUCUCGCCAGCUCACCUCGAAGGGUAUAGCCCGAGAAAGUGCUUGAACUUCUAGUUCAAAAAGGCUCGGUGCUGGGUAUGUUUGCGUCAUUAACGAUCCAAGGCUGCCUCGCGAGAAAACAACAGGGCUUAGAAUGUUUUAGUGUGAUAUCGUCCGCCAUUUUUAUUUAUUCAAAAAUAGUGGCAAUGCGACAAAAUGUAAACUGGCAUCAAUAUAAACU